AUGGGAGCAAAGUUAGCAAAAAGAAAAGAGGCAAAGGAAAGUCUUGGCAACUCCUUGGGUGAAUUAGCAAAAGAUCCGAAGAAACGGUAUCGACAAGAUCGACCCAUCCAAAAUGAAACAAGCGACGACGAUUGCGUAGUUGAAAGCAACAGCGAUGGCGGUUCAGACGCUUCAACGAAGGCGAAAAAGAGAUUGAAGGAAUUACAAGUCGAAAGUCCUCCAGGAUUCCGGAAGUUUGAGUCCGAAGUAGAAUGGCAAAGGAUUGAUGCAGAAAUCGCUCUGCAACUCUGGGAAGACGUGUUUAAACCAAUGUACACAUUUUAUUGA